AUGGACUUAGACCCACGCGGAGCCAACACUACGGCAGCGGCUGCAGCCAGCACCUCUGCUAUCACAACCGCUGGUAGUAACAAUAGCUUUCUGCUCCCUGGAAUCAGCAUUAGUGAUACUGAUAGCAGCGAUAUUUUCCGAACACACCUACCCGUUCCACCUCCCCCAUUGCGUCCACCACAUUCAGCUCCUCUUAAUGAUCCCCAUAGUUUACGAGGCUCAGGCCGUGACCCAUCUACGACAUUCAGUCUCACCCCCGCAGUCGGCACGGAAAGCUCUCCUGCUACCAUCGGCGUCGCUCUUACACCACCUCUCGCAAGCGAAGCUAACGAUCCACCUCCCCUCCCUAUUGUCAACAGGUAUCGACCGCGUGUUCACCGUACAGGCCCACGCUGCACAGACUCUACUGGCGCAUCUCAUACCUCUAUAGAUGGGACUGAUGGAACCAUUAAUGCUAGCGGACCGUCGGUAGGUGCAGUAGCCACUGGCUUGCCUUCUGUCGGCGAGGUAACUCCGAUUGGCCCUGUACCAGCCUUUCUUCCCGGUGCUCCGCAUCCCCGUCGACCUUCUCCGCACCCGCACAGACGGCACCAGCAUCAACAACAGCCCCGACGACCGACUCUCGACUCUCUUGUGCCGGAAUCAAUCAUCUCCCAACCAAGCAGCUCCAGUCUUCAGUGUGCAGCACCAAUUAGUCUAAGUGAUUCGAUCACUCAUUCGGGCUUGAUGGAGGUCCCGAUGCUCGAACUUACUUCGACUGUAAGUACAGUAAUCGCCUCACCAACCUCUCUCACCAGCACUCCUGCCCCAGAAGUGGCUGAUUCUUCACUUUGGCGAGCUCCAAAUCCUGCAGCUGGGCCAGUUACCUCAUCACUAAUAAAUAACAGAUUCCGAAUGACGCCUAUAGUCUCUAGCGAGCAAACUCCAAUGACAACUUGUCGAUUUCAGCCCUCUGGUAUUGAUACUAGGCGGCACUCUCCUCAGCGCACUUCUGGUACCACUGCCAUGACGCUUACCCUAAAUGACGAAGUGAUCGAAUCAGGCAAUGCCAUGGCGGCAGAUCGACCCGUUGCUGAUGCGGCUACCACAGUGACGUCUUCAGAAGAUACGAGGGAAACUGGAGUAGAGGUUCCUCUCAAUCGCAGAUUGGUGACAUGCUCAAAUGGUCCUGUCGAAGAAUGCGCUAACCUUUCAAGCGAAGAAGAGCAAUAUGAAAUUGAUGAUUUGGUCUUCGAAGAUGUUGAGAUAUGGCGUAGCCACAAUAGUCACGGCCUACACGAAGUAGUGGUAGAGGGUGGGCCCAGACGCCAACUGCACGACUUCGAGUGCACCGUGGACAAUGAAAUGCAUUCGGCCGGUGGAAGUCUUAUUGAGACGACAUCAUUUCAUGAAUCUACCAACGUAUGUCCAGCUGAUGGCGACGAAGAUGAUAGAGUGAAUGUUGAUGUUUGCAACUCUAAGCCACGAAAUUUUAGUGGUGGUGGAGUGAUUGAUUCUUCAGAAAUACCAGCUAGCUCACAGCAAGAUUUUGAAACCAAUUCAAAUGGACGUAAGCUUACGACUAUAGGAUCU